AUCUGAUAGUGGAUCCAGAGGAAGAUUUGACAGAGGCCGAGGCAGUGGAGGUUUUGACAGGGGAGGCCGAUCAGACAGAGAUGGAAGAUCAUUUCAGAAAGGAUCAGAGCCUGGACAGAACUUGAGGAAACCAAAAUGGGAUCUGUCAAAACUGCCCAAAUUUGAGAAGAACUUUUACCACGAGCACCCUGAUGUUGCCAGAAGAUCUCAGGCGGAGAUCCAGCAGUUUUACCAGGCCAACCAGAUCACUGUCCAUGGAGAGUUUGUACCCAAACCUAUCUUUACAUUUGAAGAAGGCUGCUUUCCAGAUUAUGUCAUGGCUCAGAUCAGGAAGAACAGCUGGCAGGCACCCACACCUAUCCAAUCACAGGGCUGGCCCAUUGCUCUCUCAGGGCUUAACAUGGUUGGCAUUGCUCAGACUGGCUCGGGAAAAACUCUGGCGUUUAUACUGCCAGCAAUUGUUCACAUCAACAACCAGCCAUACCUGGAGAGAGGAGACGGGCCUAUAUGCUUGGUUCUAGUGCCCACCAGAGAACUAGCUCAGCAAGUGCAACAGGUGGCUCAAGAGUUUGGUCAUGCCUCUCGCAUACGGAAUGCCUGUGUUUAUGGAGGAGCUCCCAAGCGACCACAGAUUAAAGAUCUAGAGGAUGGAGCUGAGAUCUGUAUCGCCACCCCUGGUCGUCUGAUUGAUCUGUUGGAGUCUAACAAAACCAACUUGCGGCGCUGUACCUACCUGGUGUUGGAUGAGGCCGAUCGUAUGCUGGACAUGGGUUUCGAACCUCAGAUUAGAAAAAUUAUUGACCAAGUUCGGCCUGACAGACAGACUCUGAUGUGGAGUGCUACCUGGCCCAAAGAAGUGCGCAAGUUAGCAGAAGAUUUCCUCCAUGAUUAUGUUCAGGUGAACAUUGGAGCACUGCAGCUGUCGGCCAACCACAACAUCCUGCAGAUAAUUGAUGUCUGCAAUGAGUUUGAGAAGGAAGACAAGCUGGUGAGGCUCCUGACAGAGAUCAUGCAGGAGAAGGAGAACAAAACUAUCAUUUUUGUAGAGACCAAACGAAAAGCUGAUGAUAUCUCCAGACGCAUGAGAAAAGAUGGGUGGCCUGUGAUCUGUAUCCAUGGAGACAAAUCUCAGCAAGAAAGAGACUGGGCACUUCAUGAGUUCAGGACUGGGAAAACUCCAUUGCUACUAGCCACAGAUGUUGCUUCUCGAGGAUUAGAUGUGGAGGACAUCAAAUUCGUCAUCAACUUUGAUUACCCCAACUGUUCGGAGGACUAUGUUCAUCGAAUUGGGCGAACGGCUCGGUCCAGCAACACUGGUACAGCCUACACUCUCUUUACCCCAUCCAACGCCAAACAGGCCUCAGAUCUGAUUGCUGUGCUCAGAGAGGCCAAGCAGGUGGUCAGUCCCAAGCUGUUACAGAUGGCAGAUUCAUCCAGAUCAUACGGCAAGGGUCGCAGCCGAUGGGGCGGAGGUCGGGACCGGAGUUCCAGAGAUGACCAUGGUUCUCACAGCGGAUCACACAGUAGAGACCAUAGUUUUGGUGGCAGCAGUGGAAGAGGAAGUAGCAGCUCAGCAUUUGGCUCUCGUGGAGGACACCAAGAAGUAAGCGGUGGCUCAGACAGAUCUGCUGGCAGAGACCAGUUUGGCCGAGACAGACCAAACACUUACACUCAGCAGCAACAAAAGUCUGGCUUCUCCCAGCAACAGACGAGUUCAUUCAAUCCAGGAAGCUCUAAGUCCAACAUUUUCAACCAGUCUGCCCAGCCUUCUGCCUCAGCAGCCUCCAAUACUUUCAGUACAGGCUUCCAGAAUAACGCUGGCAAGUCAUUACUGGGAACUCCUGGUAACUUCCAGUCACAACAGGGGGGAGGCUUCCAACCUGACAUGACCAACAACAGUCAGUCCAUGUAUGGGCAGCAACAACAACAGCAGCAGAACUGGGGUCAGUUCAGACCACCUCUACCCAUGGGCAACCCUCCACAGAACCAGCGCUAUUAA